AGAAAAUUUGAAUCUGCCGGUCACACAAUUUUGUACAUUGACAUUGCAAUAUCAAGUAUCAUCAUUAAAACCUUGUCGUCAGUUUGUCCGAGGAAUAGUUUGAUCAGCACUUUCUCUUUGAGGAUUGUUUCCAGCCGCCAUGUUUAAGAGAAGGCCUCUCUCUCUAGUGGAGGAUUCAACUGAUGGAGGGAUUGCUCGGGAAGGAGGCAGUAACGGGGUGGAUAAAGAAAGGAAAGGAUCAGAAGAGAAAGAAUAUGAAAUAACUGACACUGGAAACACUAACAUGAGAGUCAUCGUGAGAGUGAGGCCAGAGAAUGAAUCAGAGAUAAGGAGCAACUGUGAGACCAUUAUACGUCAACUGGACGAACACGUCCUUGUGUUUGACCCGAAGCAGGACAACAUGCCCCAGUUUGAGGAGAGAGGCGGGGCAGGAGGCGGAGCCAGGAAGAGACGACCUUUCCUCUCCAAGAAACACAAAGACCUGAGGUUUGCUUUCGAUCGUAUCUUUGAUGAAACCUCCAGCCAGCAAGAAGUGUUUGAGACAACAACGAAACCAAUCCUUGACGGGUUGCUUGAUGGCGUAAACUGUUCCGUGUUUGCCUAUGGUGCCACUGGGGCAGGUAAGACCUACACUAUGCUCGGGAACGAGGAAGAACCUGGUAUCAUGUUUCUAACGACAAUGGAACUGUAUCGGAGAAUAGAGAGGCUCAAAUCAGUCAAGAUAUGUGAUGUGGCAGUCACUUACUUAGAGAUUUAUAAUGAAACAAUAAGAGACCUUUUGGAACCCUCCGGAGCCCUGGCCAUGAGGGAGGAUGGGAGGUGUGGCCUUGUGGUUAGUGGACUCUCUCAGCAUCAACCUAAGUCGGCCGAAGAACUCUUACAGAUGUUAGCUGACGGAAAUAAGAACAGAACCCAACACCCAACGGAUGCUAAUGCUACCUCCUCUCGGUCUCACGCUGUGUUUCAGGUGUAUGUUAAUCAAAGGGCUAGGUCUGGCGGACUAACAGCUGAAGUGACCCAGGGCAAACUGAGUCUGAUUGACCUGGCGGGAUCAGAGAGAGCAACCGUCACCACAAACAGAGGAGCGAGGAUGAGAGAAGGUGCUAACAUCAACCGCUCACUACUGGCACUGGGGAACUGCAUUAACGCACUGGCUGCUAACAAAGGGAAGUUAGGUCACGUUCCUUACCGUAAUAGCAAGUUGACACGCCUCCUUAAAGACUCACUAGGAGGUAACUGCAGGACUGUGAUGAUCGCUAACAUCAGUCCUUCAGGUCUAACUUAUGAAGAUACUUACAAUACUCUAAGAUAUGCUGACAGGGCAAAACAGAUCAAAACUAAAUUAGUACGAAAUGUUGUUAAUGUGGAUUACCAUGUCACCAGAUACAGGACAAUUGUCAUUGAGUUACAGAAAGAGAUAGUUGAAUUAAAGUCACAAUUAAAGACGUCGCCUACGACGCUACCUGCUACAGUCUCCAGUGGUAGCUUGUGUCUCUUUGAUGAGGAAACUGAAAAAAUUAAAGAAAAUACUUCAAAGAUAUACAUGGACCGGGCAGGGAUACGUAAAGCAAUGGCUGAUUUGGACGCUGUAGAGAGAGACACUUUACUGAGGAUAUUUAGAAAAGAAAAAGAUUUAGAAAGAAUUGAAGUUUUGACUGGAAAUGACAGAAGAAUAGCCAAAAUAAAGUCCAAAUUAGAGUACCUUCAUUCUCGUUUACGAGACGUCAAACAGCAAAAGACGUCACUCCACCAGCAGCUAUCAACCAACAAUGAAAAGAUUGAGCAAUUCAGGACACAAAUCAACUACUCAAGUUGUUCUGAUGAUGUUUCCAAAUAUGUUGAAGCUGUUACUGAAAACUCUAAACUAGACUCCGAGUGCAGCUACCAAUGGAGGCAGACCAAGCACCUCCUCCGUUACAUCAAGAACCAGGAGAAGGAAAUAUCAAGGACUGAGAAAGUGUUCCUAUUGACGCUUGAACUGGUUCGUAAACAGUAUCAGCUCCUACAAGCAACGAACUGUCUAACUCCAGUAGUUAGGGACCUAUUUGAUUCUCUUACAAGACAGAUUGACGGAGAAAAGGAGGUACUUUGGGCUAAUAGUACCAUCACUGACGACAGCCUGUGUAACGUAUCAGUGUCUAGUUUUACUGCAACUCACCAGGCUUUGUUUGAUACUAUUGUUAGUCAUAGUUCGCCGAUAAAGAAAGGCAAUACAGCUGGUUCAAGAUACAGCUCACCAACCUCCUCAGCGUCCCUUGGAAUACUCACCCGGUCUUCAGAUCCUUUUGAAUCAGAGACUAUGAGAAACAGAGAAGGAAGUGGAGGGAGAAAAGUCAGCCAGCAGCACCCGCUGUCGGAGCGUAGGGUAGCAGUUUCUGGCAAGAAAUCAACUGAGAGUGUUCAGUCCAGUGACAGCAGCAUCAGUGCUGGUUCUUGUAAAGUGUUGAGUACUAUGGCGACCAGUCCAUCGAAAAAGAAAAGAGUAUUAUUUAGUCCGUCACCUGCUCCGAGUGAUAACGAAGAUGACAAUCAUGAGAAACCGAUUAUUAAAAGAACUACACAAAUCAAAUCACAAAAUGACGCUCCUUCUGCUGCUAAAAAAAGUCACUUAAACUUAGCGCAAUUAACAAGCAUCAGUAAACCAUACCCACCUUCUCGCUCCUCUCUCUCUCCUGCUCCUCCUCUACCAGCUCAUGCUCCAACCAUUCGCUCUCUUCCUUCUUUUAGUAACAAUUGUUUUGAAGACAACUUUGUACAGAGGCCCCCUGAAAGUCCUGUUACCCCUAGCAACAGACAGGCCACACCUACUCAAGCUAUACCGUUUUGUGUAUCAUCCGGUGGGUUCAAGCUACCAUUACCAAGGACCACGCCCACCAGUGAUAUUAAAUCCCGUACUCCGUUCAAUUAUCCUCCUCCUCCUUUAGCUGCCCCUUACUUUAGUCCAGCUCCUCAUCAGCACUAUGCCCCGCCCACUUUUAACAAUCCUUUGUCUCUUAGCAACAGCCUGACUCCGCCCAUGCAAUGUGUGGCCUCGUUAAACUAUAACGUGGACACUCCCCCAGUGCCCCGCCCUCCAGACAAACGAUCAACUGAAAAUUUUGUCUCUAAUCCGAUUUACAUGACAUCAAUCCAUUCAAACGAUAUAACAACUGAUGAAGACUCACUGAACACAACUUAUAUUAUAACAAAGGAGACAGGAAGUGGGCGGAGUCAUCCUCUAGCUGUCCCUAAUAAACUAAGUCUUAAUUCCAUUCAUCAAAAGGGCGGGGUUGGGGGUGUGGCUGGGAUGAGAGGUGCGAGAAAGAACAAGAAGUCACCAGUCAAAGUACCCAUACGGCCGUUAGCCGAGUUAAGCACCAGCAGCAACGAGUUCAAUAGCUCGGGUGACAUCAACAAACCACAACCCAGAUACCUGUCACUGACUAAAAGUGCAGCCAUUAAAAGGCAAACACUUACAAGGUCUGGAGCUUUCAAUUCUUCACAUUCCAAAGAGAAUCAUCCGUUCAACAGAAGCACCUCCCACGUUAAUAAGAACAGUUAUAUUGGUAGACUCCAGCCACCCAACAGAAGUUUUAAUCCCCGUAGCCAAUCAACUUCAACUUGAUUAUUGCCAUCUCAUUGAAAGAUAUUAUUAUUAAUUGUCAAUGUCAUUAUUAAUGUUGUUAUUAUUAUUUAUUUCUGUAAUAUAA